GUUGCAGCUCCACCUUCUUUUUGACACAAUGCAGUUGCAUUUGUGUAUUUAAUACAGUUACUGUCACACUGAGAAAGAAGCAGGACCACACUGCCACCCACAUACUUCUGACCUACUUAUCAAGACACCAUGGAAAAGGGAAUCCAAAUCCCAGCCCCACCUUACCCUGGCCCCCCUCUGGACUACAAUGCAGGAGUCUCCCAACAAGGUUACCAGCAAAGUGUCCAGCCUGUUGUCCAGCCCAUUGUCCAGCCCAUUGUCCAGCCUGUUGUCCAGCCCAUUGUCCAGCCUGUUAUCCAGCCUGUUGUCCAGCCCAUUGUCCAGCCUGUUAUCCAGCCUGUUGUGCAGCCUGUUAUUCAGACAGUUCAACAACAUCACAUCAUACAGCCCGUUAACCAAGUGGUGGUGGUGCAGAAUCUGCCAAAAUGCAUUCCUGGACAGAUGGCGUGCCCUUACUGCCACACCAAUGUUGUGACUAAAAUUGAGUACAAAAUCGGACCAUACACCUGGAUGGUUUGUGGCCUAUUAGCAGUCUUCAUGUGCUGGCCUUUCUGUUUUAUCCCUUUCUGCGUCAAUGAUUGCAAGGAUGUGGAGCAUUCCUGCCCCUCCUGUAACGGCAUUAUUCACGUCCACAGGCGCAUGUGAAGGAGAACUGCAGUGUAUGUUCUACUGAAGCAACAGCAGCAGGGCAUCUCUGUGCAAACAGAAAUCCUCUGUAACCCUGUGCUCAUCCUGUAUGCAUGUUUGCAUGUUUGCAUGUUUUAACUGUAAAUAUACUGAAGAUACUGAAUGUGUAGCUAUAUAGAAGAGCAACAAAAGAACUUCCUUUACUUUUACCGGAUGAUUAAGAAAUCACUUUGUAUAAAUUUACUGUGAAAAUAUGAGUGAGUUAUCAGGAUUUUUCUUUUAUGUUUAUUUUGAUGACAGUGGUGUUGUCUCUGUAUCAAAUACCUCUGCGUUAAAGUGAAGGAAAAUAAGCCUUAAAUGAAGGCGUGUGGGUUUUUUAAAAUAACAUACCCACAAGUAAAAUCAAAUUUAGAUGUUUUAACGUUUAAAGUUAUUCUUUGAUUUUCAUUUAGAUGACAUAUUGAAUGUUUUCAUUUAAAUUUCUGAUAUUUUAAAUAUUAAUAUAAAACUGAUGACAAGAUUAAAAUGUCAAUACUGACCAGUGACCAUUAGUCAAUGUUUGCUGGAUUGCUCCAGUCUUUUACAAACACUGGAACCAUAUUUUCAUGAAAAAUUAACAUAAAUAAUUAAAUACUUUUUAAAUUGUUUUUACCUACAACAAUCAACAAUCAAUGUCAUAUGUCUUGAUUUAUCUGUUUAUAUUAAAAGCAUUUACUGAAAUAACUAACUUCCUGCUUGUUAGAUGUAAUGAUGAUCUAGAAACAAAUUUAAAUGUUAAUAUAAAAUAAAUAAAAAGGCAA